UACGUUUUCAUUUUCUAUCCAUCUUCGCGGAUCAUCAAAUAGGAGAUUUACUGCAAUACAUUUCACACCGGACGUGUCAUCGCAUCGUAGAAAUUGGGUCGACUUGCCAUGGUACGAAAUACAGACCAUGUCACCGAACACAUUUGCUACAUUUUCUGGACCGGAUGGUGGGCUUGUAAAUGCCCCUUGUGAAUCUAGUAAUACGACAGAUCGGAAAACCCCAAAGUAUGAUUGGAACAUCCAUCAUGACAGAGCAUUUGGAAAUGCUGUAUCACUCUAUGAAUUUAACAAAGAGCACAAUUGUCGAACAGGGAGUCCAAUUGCUGAUGUGUUUGCAAUCCACGCCACCGAGAAUGGUGCGAUUUUGGCGCUAGCAGAUGGAGUUAAUUGGGGACCCAAACCAAGGUUAGCUGCACAAUGUGGUGUCAGAGGAUGUAUGGAAUAUCUACAGGAACAGUUUUUCGAUAAUGACUGUCAUCCAAAAAAUACUCAUGAAGUUUUCAAGAUACUACGUACAAGUUUGGAUCAUGGUCAGAAUCUCAUCUUGAAUACUGAGGCAACAUUAACAACAAUAUGUCUUGCUGUUGUUGUUCAGCUCCGAAAAACUGACCAGUUUGUACUAUGUGUUGUAAAUGUUGGCGACAGUCUUGCUUAUGUAUACAGCCCCAUGCAUGGGGUGCGAGAAGUCACCACUGGUUGUCGUGACUUGUUGCAUGAUCGUGACUUACGCGAAUGCGGUGGCGCCCUUGGACCAGCUGUUGGUGAAGAUCCUGACCUUGACAAUUUGACAUUCUCGUUCACUAUGUUAGAACAUGAUGACGUGGUCUUCCUGGCGAGUGACGGAAUUACUGAUAAUUUUGACCCUGCUAUGGCGAUGACUGCAAGAGUAAAAGAUUUCAAAUUCAAGACACUAGACGAAAACUUGCCGCUUAUUGAGACAGCAGACAGACAAACACAUACGACGCAGGCUAUGUCAGAAAUGCUAGAACGCUCGGGGAAGCAUGAACCAGGAGAGGACACUGCUAUGAUGGUUUGUGGACGUUUCGUUCAAUACGUCGUGAAGCUGACAAACCCAUACAGAGACAGUCUUGAGAAAUACCAUGCACGAAUGCAUAAAGAUAGUUUAGCAGAGGAAGAAAGUAAAUUAACGAAUGAAGAAAGGAUGGAACUGGAUAGUCAACGGAAAAAAGCUAUUUACACUCUGCCUGGCAAAUUAGACCAUGCUUCUAUGGUGGCAUUUACUGUUGGAAACCAGCAGCAAGAGUGCAUUUCACUGAAGGAUCAAGAGCUGGUGGUUUAUCCACCCUGAGUUUAUUGUCUUUUUGUUUAAGGCACUGGCAGGGGCACAGGGUUGGCCGGUUGGGCCAAGGCCCACCCAACACUCUUGAUCCAUGAGCAAACUCUCCUGUAGGCCCCACUAAUAAUUGAUUGAAUAUUGACUUUGACCAAAAAGAAAACAGACCGUCCUUGGCCGAGGCAUGGCUCAUCAAUUGCCUGUUUUUUUUCUUGUUGGAAAUUUUGAACAGAAGGUAUUAUAGGAUACCGUAUAAGAAGUUACCAAAUUAGUCUCCCAGAACGUAAAAAAUACCACUAAAUUUUCGGGGCCUCCUGGCCCUGGACACCAAUCAGUUUCCCACUCCGCUCACAAAGUGCUUUCUUGGCCCACCCAACGUUCAACCCAUGCUGUCCCCUGUGGUUUAAGAGAUUGCAUAAAUUGUUCGAAAAUGUUGGCCACAAAAAUUGAAGGUUUAUCUGUAUAAGACAUGAUUUAUUGAAACAUGUUUUAUACUUGAUUAUAACAACAAAAAUGUAAAAAAAAAAUACAAAGAUAGUUUAUCUUUAUUUGUUUAUUUGUAUUAAUACAAAGUUUAUAUUUUACUACUGUACAAAUUGUGCUUUUGUAUUUAAUAAUUAAUAAUUAAUAAUUAUAUUGUGUAUAUUAACAUUACUGUAUUAUCAUUUACAAAUUAUUAGAUUUACUGUAGUUAAAGGUUAAACAGCAAAAAGUUAAAGUCCAUUUCAAGAAUAUGUAGAACAUUCCAUGCUACACUAUGUAGCUUUAAAUAGAUUAUACCUCUAUAAUUACCGUGCCUAAUAUUACAAUAACAUAGUUAUAUAAGUACAAGUAGUGUAGUAUCGUUCUGGCUAUGGGCAAAUCCAGAUUUAAAAAAUGCUGUCCUAAAUUACUCUGAGUUUGCCUUUUCCCCCGAACAGCAAUUUGUAUUAUGUGCAUGUGUGUGUUAUGUAUGUGUGUACAGGCCUGUGUUCUUCAUUCGUUUGGUUUUAUUUAUUUUUUUUAAUUCAAGUCAUUUGAUUUAAUUUUUUAGUUGUAGAAACAAAAGGACAAGAAAUUUUACAAAUGAAGUUUGGUACUAAAGCAGAAAAAUCUUGGAAGUUAAUUUUUUUUUUUUUUUUGGCCAUGAGAAAAAUAUUCUCCAACUUGACAUGACUAAAGUCCAUGCCCCAGGGAUUACAAUAAUAAUAAUAAUAAUAAUAAUAAUAAUAAUAAUAAUAGAUGGAUUUAUAUAGCGCUAAUGAAGGUCUCUAUGCGCUCUGCAAUACUGUGGGCAAGAAGACAAGAAAAAGGGUAGAAAAAAAAGCAAGAAAAAAUAAAAACCAAAAAACCACCGAGCUAGCACCCAAUCCGAAGUAUGUGUUUACUUCGUCACCACCAACCAGAGAUCUGUGUUUAUGUACUCCGGAUCUUUUCCAGGAUCAGGUGCUUCCUGACCUGGACCAAACGACACUAGUUGGUGAGGUGAAACAAAGAAUUCAGAAAAAAAAAUAAGACAAACAUGUAAUUAUAAGACAAAAAUCUUAACCAGAAGUCCUGUAUACAAAAUUACUUUUAAUAUAAUGGAAUUUAGUACAUAAUUUAAUUGGUAUAUUUUUUGGCCUCAUAUCUUUCAGUUUUUUCUUCCCCAUUUUGGCUGUGGUCUGUAGUCUAUGACUAAUUUCUGUCAAUUAAAAAUGUAUACACAAUAUAAUAUAAAAAAUAAAAUAAUAUGCCAAAUAGGUUGUCUAAUCAAUUUAUUGCCAAUAACUGAUUUAAAUUUUCAGUGGCAAAAUUGAUUAAUAUUAUUCCAACCUGAUGCUUUUCAGGUCUCAGCAAUUACAACCCGUGCAACUGUAUUUUGAUCCCUUCUUUCUCUUCUAAAUUAAAUUGAUACAUUCCAUUGCCAUAAUUAACCGUUCUCUCUGUCUUUGCAUAUGAAUCUCUACAUUUCUAAUCCCUGAUUAAAAUGAUCCUGGUAGUCCUAACUGCUAAACACAGUACUAUGAAUAUUCAUUAUUGACCCUUUAUAUGGUAACUGUUGAACUCUACAUACAUACAAGUAUAUAGAUUUCUGACAUUGACAACCAUAAUAAUAAAGUUACAAUUAUAUUUGUAUAUUCGGUGCUAUUUUAUCAUAAUAUUGACAUUGUUCUUACUUAUUAAGAAAUGUGAUAAUGAGUGUCAACAUUGUUGAAAUAGAAUUGAAAUUAAUGAGUCUCUUUUAUGUUCUUUAUAUUUAAAAGAAAAACCCCCAGAUAUUUUCAUACCGUAAAACCUCGAAUUGAAGCCCUGAGCAAACUUUGGAUGGGCUUCUUUUCAAGAUGGGAAUUUUUCGAGGCUACUUUUGCAAAGUACAUAUAGUGGGGAGGGGGGUGCUACUUUUCAAAAUGAAUGCUGUAAAUUUUGGGAAUUUGAACAUAAAACGAUAAUUAAGGCCACUGUAAGAUCAAUCUGUAUCAUGGAGUGCAUUAACUGGCAUUAAAUUACCUAAACUACUGUAUAAUAACCAACCUUGUUUUUUUAUAUAUUUUGUUUUUUGGAAAUUCAUGUACAGUGUAUUGUACUGUAGCCUACUAUUUCGGACAGAAUGCUAUCUUGUUUCCAGGCUAAUUUUGCAAACUAAAGAGGGGACUUCAAAUCGAGAUUAAGUCCAUUGGGCAUCAAUUCGAGGUUUUAUGGUAUUAAUUAUAUAUACAGUAUUUGUUAUUAAAGUUAUUUCAAAACCUAUUUUUGAGCAAAAUGUAUUGACAUAAAGACCAACUGCUUUAAACGUUUUCAGAUAUAACGGGAAGUUAGAUUAAGCCUACUUAAUUAUUUGGGGUUUGCCUGUUUUUACCAGAAUGAAUUUUUGAGGUGAGAUCACUGUCGUUCUAAAAUGUUUUUCUUCCGAAUCGGUUUUUGUGAGGGCACAAUAAUUAUCUGUACCCACAUGAAACCUUGAACCAGUUGCUUUCCAAGGCUAGUAACAGUCCCCUGAGGGCGCAUGUGCUGCACAUUUUAUUCUCAUUGAAAGAGAUUUUCCAACCCAUUUUCAACCAAAGAACGUGACAAAAAGUUUGCAUCUUGUCAUUUCGGUAGGCAUGUAGAUUUUUCAAAUGAAAUUCUACGAAGGUUUACUGCCUAAUUGUAUUUAUGAAACGCCCUUCAACAGUUCCGAGGCUGAAUCCAUGACGCCAACUUUGAUCAAUACAUAUUCGAUGACUUCAUAAAAUUAGCUAACUUUAUAGCUCCAUGGCCCAUAAACUAAUACAAGCAUACAAACUGCUCUUGGAUAGAUAUUAAAUUGUUUACCUUAUUUAUUCGAAUAAACGCCCCAUGGCGUUAAAUUUUCGAGAGAUUUUUUUGUACGAUGCAUUCGUAGGCAUACUCAAACGCCCCUCCAUUUAAUGUGGAACUACAACACAAUUACCAUCAAAAUGUGUUGCCUGAUCAUAAAUAGGGCCUACUUAUUGAUUCCAAUAAUCAAGUUAGAACAAAUGUAAUUCUACUGAAGUAGAACAAUAAUACAAUGUGUUUUGAAUGAUGUUCCAUUAGAUUUAUUUACAGUGAUUUAGGAGAGGCGUAUUCCAAAUAAGGCUCUAUUCGGGGUGGGGCUUUUAUUCGAAUAAAUAGGUACGUUUUGUAAAUAUAUAAAUCUUAUAUUUAUACUUUUCGCGACGCUGCGUGUUGUUCAGUAUUAAUUUUAAUUAUAAAUUUAAUUUUAGCCGAAGAAUACAGUAUUCUAGUUGCGUUAUUAUUUAGACUGUAUAAUUAUACAGAAAUAUCAAUUGAUAAUAAACGUAUAAACUCGUUAGACCAUUUAACCUCGGGUACGAAGUGUCCUCACGAAACUUGGAAUAUACGAGUUGGUUGUGAGAAAAGCCUUGGUAUUUUGCCAGACUGAAUUUGGAAAUGAUAGUUCACGAGAAUGUCCACCAAGCCAACAGCUCUACGGCAACACUAUUAUGUAGUUCCUUUUAUGAAGUUCCUGUUUUCAUUUUUUGUUUAAUAAAACCACAAGCUAUAUAUUUAAAUGCAA